GGUCACGGUAGUGCGCACGCGCAGCACCCCAUUUAAGUUUCUCGUCUUUGCAGUGGCUUUGCUUAGAUCCGGUGCCGCCUUGAAGGCGGGGCUGGGUCCCAGCCGUAGCCAAUGGAGCCCCGGGUGAGGGUUGAGGGGUGGAAGGUCCCUACUAGCCGGUGCAGGUUUCUUCUAGCGCGUGUGCUGGGCUACCUGGUCGUCAUGGAGGCGAUCUUGACCGAAGAGCUUGAUGAGGAAGAGCAGCUGCUGAGAAGGCAUCGCAAAGAGAAGAAGGAGUUGCAAGCCAAAAUUCAGGGCAUGAAGAAUGCUGUUCCCAAGAAUGACAAGAAGAGGAGGAAGCAACUCACCGAAGAUGUGGCCAAGUUGGAAAAAGAAAUGGAACAGAAACAUAGAGAGGAACUGGAGCAAUUGAAGCUGACUACUAAGGAGAAUAAGAUAGAUUCUGUUGCUGUUAACAUUUCAAACUUGGUGCUUGAGAAUCAGCCACCUCGGAUAUCAAAAGCACAAAAGAGACGGGAAAAGAAAGCUGCAUUGGAAAAGGAGCGAGAAGAACGGAUAGCUGAAGCUGAAAUUGAAAACUUAACAGGAGCCAGACAUAUGGAAAGUGAGAAACUUGCUCAAAUAUUGGCAGCUAGACAGUUAGAAAUUAAACAGAUUCCAUCUGAUGGCCACUGUAUGUAUAGAGCCAUUGAAGAUCAACUGAAAGAAAAGGAUUGUGCUCUGACUGUGGUUGCCUUGAGAAGUCAGACCGCUGAGUAUAUGCAAAGCCAUGUGGAAGACUUUCUGCCAUUUUUAACAAACCCUAAUACAGGAGAUAUGUACACUCCAGAAGAAUUUCAGAAGUACUGUGAAGAUAUUGUAAACACAGCUGCAUGGGGAGGUCAGCUUGAGCUAAGAGCUCUGUCUCACAUUUUACAAACACCAAUAGAGAUAAUACAGGCAGAUUCUCCUCCCAUUAUAGUUGGCGAAGAAUAUUCAAAAAAACCACUAAUACUUGUAUAUAUGAGACAUGCAUAUGGCUUAGGAGAACAUUAUAAUUCGGUUACACGGUUGGUAAACAUAGUUACUGAAAAUUGCAGCUAAUUUAUACAAUGUUGUACAAUUAUGUUUUAAUACAGUGUGCUGAACUGAGUAUUUCUACCAAGUGUUGGGUUGUUCUAAAUGCUACUGAAAAACACAACUACCUUAUAUCAGUUUUAUGGCAAAGCUACUAACAGGUGUUUUUAGAAAUAUGUCAGAGAUAAACUUUAACCAGUGUCUUCUUAGUGGAAUUUUAAAAAUUUGUUAAGUUCAUUGUAGAGAACAUCAUUCAUAGACCAAGAUGGUCCCCUAUUAGCUGAUAUUUUCAUUUAUGUAAGAUCCUGGACAUUCUGUUUUGUGUUGGAACAAAUUUUCAAUGUUUUUAAUUCUCCCUUUUCUGCCUGUUCCUAAAAACUUUCAAAAUAACCAUUUCAAUGUAAUUUGUCUUGAAGAAGUUUACCCAAUAUCUUUGUCAUUGCAAUAAUGUAGUAUGGUGAUGGUCAAUUUAAUUAUUGCUUAUAAAAUGAACUUGAUUGCAGUAACCAUGGUAUCGAUGAGAUUAAUGCAGUGAAGCUUUAUUACUAAUAUAUAUAGCCUUAUCAAAGCAAGCUAAGAAGCUUGCUUUAAUAAUUAAUAAUUUAAAAAUAUUUAUUUAGAUGGGAUUCAGUUGUUUAAAGAAGUGAGAUAAAUUCAAAGGUAAAUAGGUAUUCUCUGUCAAAUUUAAAUCUCUAAAGAAUUAGAGAUUAGUUUUUUAUUUGUGUAUAACUUAAAAAAGACCUAAUAGGUUACUGCCUUUUUAAUGCAUUUGUUAUUCUUUGGUAUUUUUUAAGCAUCGGACUGGAGUUAGUACCAUCAUCUCUUGAGUCUUUCAUAACUACACAUUUUUAUAUUUCCUUUUGUGUUUUCUACUUUGCUUUCCUUGAAGGAACAAGCAUUUUGUGGCCUUUACCUUGUGCAAUUUUAGGGAGUAGCAGUGUAAAAGGUCCAAGACCACAUUUACUUGAAAUUCUUCCUCUUUUCUGAUUUGUCUUACCAGAUAUUUCCCUUCUUGCCUCAUUCUCUAGGAUUUGAAUAAAACCUUUGCCACUUAUUUUAUUAGCCUUAUUAAUGUCACCUUUCCUUCAACUCAAAUAUUUGAGAAAUUUUAUGUUACAUAUAUGAAUGAAGUUGAAAGCUACUGUUUGGAAGCUAAGACUUGUAUACAGUAGUUUUGUAUAUGAAUGGUUGUUCUAGCUCAGAUUUCAGGUUACUCACAACAGUAUUCUUUCUAAGAGGAUAUAUACAAAUAUCUCUCAUAAUUUAUGUAAGGAAAUAUUAUGAAAAUGAGACUUUUUUAGUUUGAUGUGUGUUUCCCAAACUAGAGAUUAAACUAGUAAGAUUUAGUAUCGUUUAUAACAUUUGAAUUUUUGCUCCAUGAGUACAACUAAUUUUUAUAAGUAAAUAUUGGGUUUAUAUGAAAAAUGGGGUGUCAGUCUUUUCACACGCCCGGCAGGUAACCAUGUGGGAAGCUGGCAGGGUCAUUGAUAGCAAGUAAGUACUUCCUGAAGGCUUUCCAGUUCAAAAGAUUACAAGCCAUUCUGGCUGCCCAACAAAUUAUAUUCUGAAGAUGCCUGUUUUGUAACCCUUAAUGUGAAUUUUUUGGUGUCUGAAAUUUACAAAAGAAUGAAAUUGAAAUUGUAAAACACUAAAUGCUUUGGGUUUAUUUUGAAGUAAUCUGUUACUUUAAAAUGUCAACAUUGGGAAGCCAUAAAACAAGAUAUUAUGAAACCCAGUAUUAUAAAUGUUAUCUACAUCUAAAGUAUUCUAAAAUAACUUAUUGGCAGCUUUAUUCUUUUUUUCCUUACAAGAUUUAGAAUCUUUUUGGUUAUAUGUCUAUUUUUCAAUUUUGUUAUAUUUUUAAUUUAAGUGGCCAAUGUGGUUAUGAACAAGAUUUGUAUGGUCAGCUUCUGUUCUUUCCUAAAACUUCAGAUAAAUAUCAUUUUAGCUAUAACCUAAAAAAGUGUUUAAAUAAAAUGACAGAUGUUAAUUUAAAAGCAGCAUAUGCUAAUUUACUUUUUCAUAUGAUGAUGGUCUAAUGGAAGUUACAUAUGCUUUCUUUUGUCCUAACUCUGAAAAGUAUAUGUCAGAGUUCUGGAAUAUGUCUUUAGCCAAGAAUUUUAUUCACUUAAAUUUGUUUACAACUUGUAUAAAGCAAAAAAGAAUGUGUGUAACUAUAGUGAACAGCAUAGUUUUGCUUAUAUUAUGUGAUGUUUGCCAAAAAAAGAAUAAAAGAUGAAUGAAUUACAUCAACA